UUCCAUACUUUUUCUUUCACUUCCAAGCUUUGAAGAAUGAAGAUGUUUGCAAAUAUUUUCUUGGGACUUUUUAUACUUAAAGCGGCAGUAGCUGCUCCUCCAACGGAUGCCGUUAACUAUGACACAGAUACAUAUGAAGUUGAUCUGUACAGCAAUUACGACUAUGAUGAAAGCAGUAAUAUUGAUCAAGGAGAGAUAGAAAUUGGAACUGUACUGCCUAUUGUGAAUAGACCCAUUCUAUCUCCAGAACCAGUUCAAGAAGAAAUUGAAGAAGAUGAGGAAUCUACACCAAAGUUAAUUGAUGGAUCUUCACCACAGGGGCCCUUGUCUCCUGGAGUCCAAAUUCCAGAAGCAAGUGGAGAAAUCUCUACAUGUAUCCUCUGUGCGUGCAUUCGCACUACUGUUUACUGCGAUGACCACAACCUUGAUUCAGUUCCACCAUUACCGAAGGACACUACUCACGUCUAUCUACGUUUCAAUAAGAUAAGCAAGAUAAACAAGAAUGAUUUUUCAUACCUAAAUAAAUUACAGAAGAUUGAUCUGACAUCAAACAUUGUAUCAGAAAUUGAUGAAGAUGCAUUUAGGAGCUUGGCACAGCUUAAUGAACUCUCACUUUUGGAUAACAGGAUAAGACAGCUUCCAGAACUGCCAAACUCAUUGAACUUCCUUGAUGUCAGCAAGAAUAGACUUGGACGCAAAGGAAUUAAGCAGGAGGCAUUUAAAGACCUGAAAGAUCUUCGUAUUUUGUACUUGAAUGAAAACAGCUUAGACCAUAUCCCAAUACCUCUUCCUGAUAAUUUGCAGGCUCUUCAUCUUCAGGACAACAACAUUCAGGAAAUGCAUGAAGAUACCUUCUGUAACACAAAAGAUUUCUCAUAUGUCAGAAGAUCUCUUGAAGACGUCAGACUAGAUGGAAAUCCUAUUAACCUGAGUAGAACACCACAGGCUUUUGUCUGUCUACCUCGUAUACCAGUUGGCAGACUUGUUUAAGACAGAAAGCAA